CAAAGUGGCAAGAGACUAAGAAAAGACCUCUCUCGAUAGGUAUUGGCUCUAGUAGGGCCGUGUAAAGAAAAUGUCUAGACAAAAUGCCAGUGAAAGCUUCCGUCAGAAGGUUAAGCAGUUCUUUGGCGUGAAAAAGGGCCAUGCUAUCCCAAGUAGCGUUUAUGAAGGUCCAAAAGCUGACGAUCGAGUGUUCCACCAUGAACUGCUGCAGGAUAUUGGCAAGAACAGUCCUUUAGCAAACCGUGUGAAGUACUUAAGGGAUCUGUGUGACUUUCUGAUCAAUAAACGGGUGGAAGAUCAUGCUAUUGAAGCAGCUUGGGAUGCAGUCAAGGACCUUCUUAAUCCAAGCAACCCUACGGAGGCAAGACAUCUCACUCUCCAGUUUCUGACAGUGAUGAUAUCUGGACAGUUCAACAGGCUUGGUAUUUUAAGGGCUCAUUUCUUCUCUGUUGUGGUUAAUCACAAGAUUCCUGAGGACAUCACACCCAGGUUGGAAUUACUGCAAGCAUUGAGUGAUAAUGGGAAAGACAUUUCAUACUUUGAGGAAAGGACUGGUCCUUUUCUGUUAUCUUGGAUGCCAGAAGUGAUGCAAAAAGGCAGAAUGAUUUUUUUCAUGCCUCUCCUUAUCAAUGUAAUUCACUACAACUCAAGUUUCCUUGAUGAGGAUAUCAUCUCUGGCAUUGUCAGGCAAACCUGUCAUCUUUCAAGAACAACUAAAGAGGAAGGAGAAGUUGAGCUGUGCCUGUGUUUGCUGGAUGCUGUGGUCCGUUACAGUUGUCUGCCGUCCAAUACAUUGUUUGAGUUCAUAGCCACAGCCUGCCGGGCUGUUAACAUCGAAAAGUUUUGUCAGCGCAGCUGGAAGAUAAUGAGAAAUUUGCUUGGAACUCAUCUGGGUCACAGUGGAGUGUACACCAUGUGUAAUGUUUUGGAAGACAGUGAUAACAGAAGCGACGCCAUGCUGUUAAGAGGCUCUGUGUUCUUCAUUGGAAUGUGUCUGUGGGGGUCACAGCGAGUGCCAAACCUCAAGUACUCCAGUUCCACUGUUUUACCUUCUAUGCUACAGGCUUUGUCGUGCCAUCUCAGCUUGGUGGCCCUGGAAGUUACCCUCUCCCUACAGAGACUUGUGAAGAAGUAUGGUCAAGAACUUCAUGUUGUGGCCUGGGAUGCGGUGUUAGAUAUCAUUGAAGCUCUGCAACAAGAGAUCGAGGAAAUUAGCCCGCCCGAUAAUGUCCUGAUUGAAAAUCUUCACAUCCUGUUGUUCAAUGUAGAAGAUCUCUACGAGAGUGGAAAGUUUAAUGGGCCUGAAGAAAGGUUCUUUGCUUUGGUGGAGAAGAGUGCUGGAAUGUUACCUGAUCGUUCUCUUCAAAUCUUAAUUUCAUACAAAGCCCAGUCAGUGCAUCCUGCUCACGUUGGAUGGCUCGUGAAUCUUCACGAUCUUAUGGAAAAAUACUUCAGAUAUGAAAUCCGCACAAGUGUAAGAGUGAAAGCGCUGACUGUCCUUUCAUCGGUGCUUACAUCAUAUGGCCACUGGUAUGAGGAAGAGUUGUUGGAGCAUGCAGUGUUACCAUACCUUAUUCACAUUCCUGAAGACCAAGAUGUAACAGUACGCAAUGUAGCUGUGCAGAUAUUGCUGGACUUGUGUCAGAUGUCAGACUCUCAGAAGUGUCAAGACUUCUUGGACAUAAUCGAGAAGGUCAUCAGUAGGCACGUGGAGCUGCAAGGAAAGAGUCCUCCACUAGAACAGCAGGAACAGAUGCUGCAAGAGGAAAAAGAACUGAAGGAUGUGAAGACAGCGGUCAGCGGACUGGUCGAAGUGUUUAAGCUCAAGUUGUUUCGUUUGCCGCAUGGUCACGCUGUACGGACAUUUGAAUUGCUGGUCUCUCACGUGAAGGCGCACUAUAACCAUUGUUACAGUACUUACAUUGCAAGUGUCAUCAGGAACUUGGCCUUUGAGUGCUUUCUGAGUUUACGCUGUGACUCCAGUUUACGGCUGGGUUUGUCUGAUGCCAGUGAAGAAGGGGAAGAAGAAGAAAGGAGUUCUAGGUUCAGCCCCUACUUUACUUGUUUACAGAGUGACUCUGACACAAAAACGUCGUCAUCGUCACAUCUUGCUUUGAUAUCUUACUCUGACGUGUUUCAAGCCAUUUUGAACUGCUUGCAGUAUGAGUGGGACUGGACAGUACUGGAGCAUGUUUUGAGUGGACUACCGGAGGUCCUACAAAAUAAGAGCCUUAUUCUAUCAGCUAAUCCCGCGUUAAAUACCAUGACGUCAGUACUGUGCAAUAUGGUUUCGGAACCUUCUUUCAUCCUGGAUCUUCGUCGUGUUCCUCCCGGUGUCGGGAGAGUAGGACUUCAGGCUUUGAUUUUUCCAGUUUUAUCGGUUCUUGCUACAUACCACUCCAACCUGGACAGGGGACGGCAGUUCGAGUUGGUGAGGACUUUGGAGCUGGGUUUAGUGACCAAGUGUGCUGUCUUAUGUGUCUCUUCACUCACCCUGUGCACCAUGGAAAUGCAAGCAGUUAUGAAAAGUCUUCUUCCAGCUCUUUUAGUGCGGUUGACUCAGAUCUCCGCAACUGUUGCCAUGGCAGCACCCAUGCUGGAGUUCCUUUCAGGUCUUGUUCAUCUUCCACAUCUGUACGCCAGUUUUCAAGACAGUCAGUACAAGAGCGUAUUCGCCAUUAGCCUCCCUUACACUGAUCCUUUCAAAUAUUCUCAGUACACCAUAACGCUUGCUUAUCACGUGAUUGCUGCGUGGUUUAUUCGAUCACGUGUGGCGUAUCGCAAAGCAUUUGUGGGAUUCGUGAGUAAGGGUCUCAAAUCAAGUGCUAUAAUUCCAGACCGUUAUGAACCCAAACCAGACAGCCCCUCUCUAGCAACAACCAAAUGUCGCACUGGAAACUCUACAAAUCAGCCCUCGCCCCAGAUUCAUAAUCGGUCAAGUUCGCCCGUAGUUCAGAAGGAGACUGAAACGGCGUGUGAGCUACAUGCUGAAAUGAGUGAAGUUUGUAUGGACAUGAUGGCCAGAUACACGUUUGCUCCAUGUAUGUCACAGCCAAACAGGACCAAAGCGGUGGAGUUGAUGCUAGCCAAUGGUCAUUCUCGUACUUGGAUGAUCGGUAAUACAAUAGUAACCAUAACCACCUCAGGUACUUAUAUCGGCCAGGAUGGUAAUUGCGACAACUGCCUGGCUCUGAGACAAAGAACAGUAAAUAUGCCACCAAAGGAAAGCGCAAAAACAGAGAGGAAUGUCAAACAGAAGAUCACCGCGGCGGAUGUUACGACAGAAGAUUCUCAUAUACAGUCUCCCGACGAAAAAGCUCAUGGCACGUUUACGAGUCAUGGAACUGGGACUCAGACUCCCGCGGGCGCUGAUGAAUCUUCGAAGCCUGAGGCGAAGUCAGAGUUUCAUAGCGGCGCACUAUCAGACCGGCGGCUCAGUGGACAGUUUGUUGCUAUCAAUCCACAAAACUGUCGAUGUGUUUGCCAAGGCUGGGCUGAAAUCUUUAUCCGUCGGCCCAGCGGAAACAUCUCUUGGAUUAUGCGCAUUCAGAAUAGGGCUACGUCAUGGUUGGAGAGUGACGUCAGUACUGCCCUUAUAGAUGACCCUCAGAUCGACGAAGUUUCUUCCCUACCCUGUGAAAUGCGAGGAGAGGUCCUGAGUACCAGUACUGAAAGUGGCUCUGUUAUUAUUGACGUGGUGAGGCAAAGUAAUCCUCCAGAGGGGGUAGGAGCUGCUUUUCAUGAUACAGCCCGUGGGGAGUCACUCGCUCGUUCCGGCUGGCAACAUGGCAACACAGAUGGCGACAAAGAUGCUGAUGCACCUCAGCUGAAUUCAGUGCUCAUUUAUUCACAAAGCGCCAGCACGGCCACUCCGCCAAGCACACCAGCGGGGUCCGUAGAUUCUGAGCUCUUUGAAGGAAGGGAAAGGCUCCUAAGUAGGAGCCCCAGUAAAGGACCUAAUGUUUUUACGAUGCGAGAAUCUGAAUGUUCUGAUAUACUUGGAAGCUUGGAAAGAACUCCGAACGAAGAUGUUCCGCCGAACAAGACGAGAAAAUUUGAUAAGCCAGAACUGGGUGUUUCUCCUGUUGACCCGUUCCCAGUGUCCUCUCUACCAAGACAUAACCAGUUAGAGCGAAAAAGAAGAGACGAAACCAAAUAUCUGUCGUCAUCUGAGAUGUACAGGCUUGCAAGUGACGAGAAGAGUUUACAGUCUCUCAAUAUUGAGGAGAAUGAGGAUCACUCUGGAGACCAAAAGAUGGAAACUGUUCAGGGUGAUGUUCCUCAAGGUCGGACAAUCAAUCCAGCCAAGAAGGCCGAAAGAAAAAAAUCAGUUCCAUAUCAGUCCCUUGAGGAAGAGCAUGGUGUGAUCAGAGAGAGUCCGGAGUUUGCUUUGGAUACAGUAUUUUCCAAAACGGAUACCAAAAGCGCUCCGACAACAAGCGUUGACUCCGGUGUGAGCAGAUAUCACCAGGAUCUCUCUCGUUUUCCUCAACCGAAACAACAUGGUGAUAAACUGGACACUAGUGAUCAGGUUCCUCGAAAGGUGAAGUUGAGAAAGUCCUCAAGUUUUAGUUCACCCACCAUGGCGAGAAAAGCCUUGGAUCAUUCGGAACAUUCUCCAUAUGCAUCCCCUCGUCAGGGAAGGAUUUCAAUUGCAGUGAAAAGCAAAGAAGCGGAGGACAGGCUCUUUUCCCCGGCAAGCGUUGGUGAUCCAAAAAAAAGUACCUCUUCCCCGGAGUUAUCUUCACCACCAGCUUUCCCUAAAGUAUUAAACAGUGAAACAUCCAAGCGCCCGACAUCUCGCUCCAGAAUGAUGCCCCAUGCAAUCGGACCUCAGCUUACAAACAAGUCGUCUAAAUCGGCACCAACUGUUGGAGACUCCUCUGAUGGGGGCCCCAAAGAGCCUCCCAUUUUAGUGACCCCAUCAGAAUCAUUCAGAUACCCACUGGACCCUUGCUUUGUGUUUCUACAGUUGUAUCACGCUUCCUUCUUGGGCCUGGUCAACGAAAGACCUCAGCCCCUCCCUGAUGGGGAAGUCAUUGAAAGAGCUAUUAAAUGUCUUGAUCGCAUUCCUCCCUACGACACUCACAAGAUCGGUGUUAUUUACGUGGGGCCUGGGCAGCAUGACAACGAAGCGGCAAUUUUAAGCAAUGUGUACGGGUCCUCCCGUUAUAUGCAGUUUCUCGCGGGUCUCGGGACGCUUGUUCGGCUAAGGGAUUGCCCACUCGCCGAGAUUUACACUGGGGGACUGGAUAGAAAUGGAGCAGAUGGUGAAUUUGCGUACAGCUGGCAGGAUGACAUUUGUCAAGUCAUAUUCCACGUUGCCACAUUGAUGCCAACCAGAGAUUCGGACCCAGGCUGCAACUCUAAAAAGAUGCAUAUCGGUAACGAUUUUGUUACCAUAGUCUAUAACGACUCGCAGCAGGCGGUAAAGUUUGGCAGAAUUAAGGGUCAGUUUAAUUUUGCUGAAGUGUUGAUCAAACCUCUCGACAAUGCAUCUAACAUGGUGACUGUGAGAUUCAAAGAUGAGCUGAAGGAGCUACUCUCAGACACAGGGACUCGAGUCAUCUCGGACAACAACUUGCCGCGACUAGUUCGGCAGCUUGUUGUACAUAUCAAUAUGGCUUCUGUAAUUCACCAAAGUCAAAAGCGUCCAACCGACGCCUACGGUUGUAACUGGCUGGAGCGAUUACGUCAGAUUAAGCGCGUGCACUCAAAGGCUGCGGCUGAAAACUCCUCGGUCCCCAGUAGUCCAACAGUACGGAGGGUGUCUCCGUCCGUAGGACUGCGCAUGUCGUCAGCACCGAUCAGCGGUCUCACAGACUUUACAGAGUACAUUAUAAAAUAAUGCUGAAUUAAUGCUUAUUAUUGUGGGAAUGAAAUUCAAUGAGGUGUCCUUUGAGGGCAAGGUUUUUUCCUCGAAAGUCUAAUUCAGUGCUUGAAACCUUUUCCGAUGAAGAAGCUUUGAAGAAACGAAAGAAUCCUUUGAAAUAUCGUUUAACCCUUUACUCGCUUACAUCAGAAUGCAUAUUCUCCAUAGUGUUCUCUAUACAUCUUCUAAGGUGCUGACAAGGAACAUUUGUUUAUCAAUCAAGAGUUUUUUAAGCUGGUGAUUAUUUUCUUUAUUCUCGUGACCUUACUGUAUGAUUCAGGCGUGAUAGUUUAGGGAGAAUAAAGAUGUUAGUCACCAGCGGAGGUUGAAGGGUUAACAUAGAUGGUUAUGAAGAGAAUCAAGCCCUUCGUUUUAGAAGGAGGGAAAACGAUAGCUGUAAACAGAAAGGACAGGAAAACACCUUCUUGGGCUGGAUUGCAAAAUAUUCACCGUACUUCAUUAUUUAUUCAUUAACUACGGACCGCAAUCGCAGUUUAGAUUCCUCAUAGGGACUCAUCUUUCUCUAGACCUCUCUAUAUUCGCACUCGUUGCGGCAGUGCGGGAGAGCACGAUUAAUGCAUUUUUCAUCGCGUAUUUUGCAAUCGUUCCUUUUCUUGAAUAUUCUAAGGCGGCGUCUUACACAAAUAGAUGUAUAUAUCAAUAAUUUUGAUGAUGAUUUACUGUUUUAAUAGGGCGUAAGAAAAGGAAAUUACCAGAGAUAUGUAAAUGAAGAAAAGACGCAAAGAUUACAAACUUAUUGUGUUUAAUAAUAGAAGAAAUAUACAUAUCUAUAGUCACUCUUACCUACCGUGCAGUUGUUUUCAGGAGUCACUCAAAUAUUUAACUUGUUCCAAAUUUGUGGUCGUGCUGAAUGAUAGACAUAGAUAUUCAGAAAUGACGGGGAUGUCUCUUCAUCCUACUUAUAACCGGACGGAUACGGUGCCCAGAUAGGGCCGUAGAAUACGAGCAGACAUUUUGCAGUUUACUGAUCAAGAGUGGCAGAAGACAAAGUCCAACAUACGUCAAUUAUCCCUUAUACAGAGACAGUUUCGGCGAUAGUAGCAAACUCAUAACACUGAUUACCUCAAAUGAGACCAAUCU